CGGGGGCGGGGAGCCCAGCGCAAACCCGCGGCUGCCGGAGCCCCGGCGUGCUGCUCCAGUCGCUGCCCGCCAUGGCCCGCGCUGCCCGGCUCUUCGCCGCGCUGGCCGCCCUCCUCGCUGCCGCCGCUACAGGCGAUGCUCGGCCCAGCAAAAUCGCCGUGGUUGGAGCCGGAAUUGGGGGCUCUGCCGUGGCCCAUUUCCUCCAACAGCACUUCGGCCCCCGGGUGCAGAUCGACGUGUUUGAGAAGGGGACCGUGGGCGGCCGCCUGGCCACCAUCUCGGUCAACAAGCAGCACUACGAGAGCGGCGCCGCCUCCUUCCACUCCCUGAGCCUCCACAUGCAGGGCUUCGUCAAGCAGUUGGGGCUGCGGCACCGGCGCGAAGUGGGAGGGAGGAGUGCCAUCUUCAACGGGGAGGACUUUGUGCUGGAGGAGACUGACUGGUACCUGCUGAACCUGUUGCGCCUCUGGUGGCACUACGGCAUCAGCUUCCUGAGACUGCAGAUGUGGGUGGAGGAGGUCAUGGAGAAGUUCAUGAGGAUCUAUAAGUACCAGGCUCACGGUUAUGCCUUCUCGGGUGUGGAGGAACUGCUCUACUCGCUGGGGGAAUCCGCCUUUGUCAACAUGACCCAGCGCUCCGUGGCCGAGUCCCUGCUCCAGGUGGGCGUCACACAGCGCUUUAUCGAUGAUGUCGUCUCCGCUGUCCUGCGGGCCAGCUACGGCCAGUCAGCAGCGAUGCCUGCCUUUGCCGGAGCCAUGUCACUAGCCGGGGCCCAAGGCAGCCUGUGGUCUGUGGAGGGAGGCAAUAAGCUGGUUUGUUCCGGGCUGCUGAAGCUCACCAAGGCCAACGUGAUCCACGCCACGGUCACCACUGUGACCCUGCAGCAAACGGAGGGGAAACCCUUGUACCAUGUCAAGUAUGAGAAUGAGGUGGGCACAGGCUCUGACUACUACGACAUAGUGGUCAUCGCCACCCCCCUGCACCUGGACAACAGCAGUACCAUCACCUUUGAAGGCUUCGACCCGCCCAUCGAUGUCGUCCAGGGCUCCUUCCAGCCCGCCGUCAUCUCCUUGGUCCAUGGCUACCUCAACUCUUCCUACUUCGGCUUCCCCGACCCUAAGCUUUUCCCCUUUGCCAGCAUCCUCACCACAGACUUCCCCAGCUUCUUCUGCGCCCUGGACAACAUGUGUCCCGUCAACGUCUCGGCCAGCUUCCGGCGGAAGCAGCCUCAGGAGGCCGCCGUCUGGCGAGUCCGGUCCCCCCAGCCCCUCCUUCGCUCCCAGCUGAAGACCCUCUUUCGCUCCUACUACUCAGUGCAGACAGCCGAGUGGCAGGCCCACCCCGUCCACGGCCCCCGCAGCCCCCUCCCACGGUUCACGCUGCACGACCAGCUCUUCCUCCUCAACGCCCUAGAGUGGGCGGCCAGCUCCGUGGAGGUGACGGCAGUGGCUGCCAAGAAUGUGGCCCUCCUGGCUUUCAACCGCUGGUACCAGGACCUAGACAAGAUCGACCAGAAGGAUUUGGUGCACAAGAUAAAGACUGAACUGUGAGGGCUCCGGGGAGAGCUGGAAACGUCCAGCCCCCGCUCAAGACGGUUCCCCCCACCCACGCAGCGGCCAAGGUUUUACAAGCCACACUCACCCACAGAGCCCUUCUCUGACCCCUCGUGUGUGGAGCGUCUUUUCUCUCCAGUGUGGGUCCUGGUGACCAACCCUCUGCCUCUCCAUCUUAAGGAUUUUCACAGUGUUGCUUCUUUUGAAGGGGGAGAGUUAAGAGAGGGGGAAGGACAUUCAAGCCAAUGUAUUCAUUUAUUUAUUUUUUUUAAGAAGAAAUAAAAAUCCAUCUGAAGCUGCUUCUGACUUGGUUUUCUAACUAGGAGACAGUGAUAACUAUGGGAGGCAAUAUAAGGCAGAGAAUUCUGAAUCCAAUUUCCUUAUUGUUUUCCCCUGCCUAUUCCCAACAUGUACCUGAGGCCACACCUACAAUGAAACAUAUGUAACCAGAUGGUUACAAAUAGAGGGAAGAUGAGAAAACAUGAGACAGGAUUAAAGCUCCUACUUACUGUAGGCUUGCUAGAUGCAAGGUACCCAGUUAAGAACUUAAUAGACACCAUCCAAGCCUCUAGACGACACUGCAUAUUGGAGGAGAUGACUGUGGUAAGAUACAAGGAAGAAACGGUUACCCCAGCAGAGCUGGCAGUAUAGCUCCGAGCUUCCUGGUAACCAGUGGAAAAAAGGGAAACAUACCAGGCCAAAGGAAGAGGAAAGCUUUUCCUUGGCACCUGGAAGAAGUGACCAUUCUGUCCCAUAAGCAAGAGUUGAGGAGUAAUACCAUGGAUCUGUUUUAUAAGAAAACAAGUUCCCAGCUGGUGGAGGGCAGUCCUGCCUCACCCCCAAGCACUCGCCCCACAAGAGGAAGGGGAGAAAAGAAGGUGCUGAGAUGGAGUUCUUCGGAGGUUGGAUGCCCAAGUCACAUCCAGACCUGCUAAAUCUGGCUCGGGGGAGGGCCCAGAUCCCCAGGAUGACACAACACUGCCAAAUGACAUUGACAUUGUGAAUUCCCAGCAGGAACAGCCCCAGCGGGCAUCCAGCUAACUUCCCUCUUUUGGUAGAGAUGGAGAUAAAAAGUCCAAAGUGAGGAAAGAAUUUGCCCAAAGUCUCUGGAUGAGUUCAUAGAACGGAGCUUAAAUCGUGAAUGUCUCCUUAAAAAUUAAUUGGAUUCAGUAUGGGGCAAAAUACCCUUCCAGGAGGCAGAGGCCCAAACUGCCUCUGAAGUUGUUUUUACUAUGCGGAAGUGAUGGUAGUUAAAGAGAUGGUGCCUUUGAAGUGCAAGUAGCGUGCACUCAUUGGUCAGAGGAAAUAUGAAGCUGACACAUCAGUAAGAAUGCUUUUGGUUGCAGUAGUAGAAAACCAAAUGCAAACUAGCUUAAGCGAUAAAAGGGUCUUAUUGGUUAUCAUAAAACUCCAGGCACAGGGCAGGCAUCGAGCACCGUGGAAUGCCAGCGUGGCCUUCACUUCUCUCAUGGUCAGAGAUGGCCAUCAGAGGGUCUUCUCCCAUGGCCCCUGAAGCAAAGUCUGGGCUCUGGGCCAAAUUGGGCCCCUACUAAACCAAUUCCUGUGGC